AUGGCCAACGGGCAAUUGGGCGCCAUUUAUCGGCCUCGUAGUCGUUGUGAUUUUCUGUUUUGCAGCGUGGUUCCUCGCGCCAAAGGGGGAGAAUCAAACCAAAUGCGCUAA